AUGAAUGACCCUCGUGUCAUCCAUCGCACCGCAGCAGAUGAAGAAGCAGAUGCAAAUGAAGCAUUGCAGAACUUUGAGAAUGAAAGAUGGAGUUCGUGGCCAAACGAGGGAGCUUUUGACGCUCUUGAUGAGCAGUAUGACUCCGUUCAUCUGAAAGUCAAAGGCUCUAUACCCUCCUGGGCUGCUGGAUCUUUAUUUAGAACCGGGCCUGGACAAUCCAUGGUUGAAAAUACCUCAAGAGGCACACACCAUGUCUCUCAUUGGUUUGAUGGAUUCGCGCACACCCACCGAUUUGACAUUUUGCCGCCCCAUGCCGGAGACAAUGCAACUUCCGUUGUGUACUCUUCUCGCGGACAAUCUGAGGAUUAUAUCACCAUGGUGAAAAAACAUGGUUGGCAGACAAGUGUGUCCUUUGGCCAAAGGAGUGACCCCUGUGUCGGAAUUUUCGCCAAGUUUAUGAGCAUUUUUCUUCCCCAGAAAAUUAACAACAACGUCGUCGUAGUAGCCAACAUGCCUGGACUGGACAGCAAUAAAGCGCGGCAGGUUGCUCAUCAAACCGGACUAGACAACGUAUAUAUUACCACAGAUAACUCCACCUUGGAGAAGAUUGACCCGAAGACAUUGGAACCGCUCGAGUCCGCGACACAGCGGCAGUUGCACCCAAAGCUGAAAGGCCCGCUUUCUUGCGCACAUGCCCAAAGGGACCCCGUCACUGGGGACUUGUUCAACUUCAACAUCGAUUUGGGUAGAAAAGCCACAUAUCGUAUCUUUCGAAUCAAUGCAGAGUCGGGGACCACUGACAUCCUGGCCACCAUCUCAGAAAAUGAGCUACCGGCCGCCUACAUUCACAGCUUCUUUUUAACAGAGAACUUCGUUGUGCUCUGCGUCCCAACGUCGCAUUUCGGUUGGAACGGCCUCAAAAUUCUAUGGGAACGCAACGUCAUCGACGCUAUUCAACCAUUUGACAAAUCAGUCAAAUGCAAGUGGUUCGCCGUCGACAGGCGGCACGGCAGAGGUGUCGUCGCUAGGUUCUCCACCCCAGCUUCCUUUUUCUUUCAUUCAGUCAAUGCCUUUGAGCAAAAGUCAAAAGGCAACAAUGGAGAGGAAAUCACAAAUAUUUUCCUUGACAUGGUUGAAUACGUGAAUACAGAUGUUAUGCACAUGUUGUAUUAUGACAUCCUCAUGAAUCGAAAUCAAGACGCGAUGCAGGACCUGGAAAAACAUGAGAAAUAUAAGACGUCGCAGCCAAAGCUUGUUAGGUACAAGCUCCCACUACCGGCCUUCUCACAGACGCAUGUAGGCGAAUACUCCCUCGCCGCCGAACAAGUCUUCGCCAUUCCCAGCCCGCACGCUGGGGAGCUACCAAUUAUCAAUGCUUCCCGAGCCGGGAAGGCACAUAGAUAUGUCUACGGCACCUGCAAUCGCGGUGUGGGGUUCUGGAUGGAUGGAAUUGUUAAGACCGACGUCGAGACGCGCGACGCCCUAAUUUGGAGCGGCCCAGUUGGACAUACACCCGGCGAACCCGUUUUUGUACCAGGACCAGGUGGUACCGACGAGGAUGACGGUGUGAUUCUCACCAUCGUUCUGGACGGUAGUGCGCAGACAUCGUAUCUGCUGUGUUUGGAUGCCAAAACGCUACAGGAGCUGGGUAGAGCCGAGACCGACUUCCCAAUUCCAAUUGGCCUGCAUGGUAUACAUACCCCUUUGGACAAACAACCCGUGCCGCCAUAA